GUCCCCGCCCCAGAGCGCUGCAGAGACGGAGUUGAGUCCCAGGGAUCGCAGAGCCGGAGCCGACGGGCAGCCGCUCGGCCUUUGGGGUUCACACUCCUGCGCCGCGGGGAGCCUAAGGCCACCCGCAUGACGCCCGGGGGAACCCACUGAGCGCCGGGUUACGGCGCCGAGGGCGACACCAUGGCCUUGGAGCAGGCGCUGCAGGCCGCACGCCGGGGCGACCUGGACGUGCUGAAGUCCUUGCACGCCGCCGGCCUGCUGGUUCCUACUCUGCGCGACCGGCUAGAUGCUCUGCCAGUGCACCAUGCGGCCCGAUCUGGCAAACUUCACUGUCUGCGCUACCUGGUGGAGGAGGCUGCCCUCCCAGCCGUGGCCCGCGCGCGCAACGGCGCCACACCCGCCCACGACGCCGCCGCCACAGGCUACCUCUCCUGCCUGCAGUGGCUGCUCACACAGGGUGGCUGCAGAGUGCAGGAAAAAGAUAAUUCUGGUGCCACAGUCCUGCAUCUGGCUGCCCGCUUUGGCCACCCGGACGUGGUGAACUGGCUUCUGCAUCACGGCGGUGCGAACUCAGCCAUCACCACAAACACAGGUGCCCUGCCUCUCCACUAUGCCGCCGCCAAAGGAGACCUUCCCUCCACGAAGCUUCUGGUCGAGCAUUACCCUGAGGGAGUGAAUGCCCAAACCAGCAACGGUGCCACGCCCCUGUACCUGGCGUGCCAGGAGGGCCACCUGGAGGUGACGAAGUACCUGGUACAGGAGUGCAGCGCAGACCCGCACGUGAGCGCCCAAGACGGCAUGACUCCUCUGCACGCCGCGGCGCAGAUGGGCCACAACCCCGUCCUUGUGUGGCUGGUGAGCUUCGCAGACGUGAGCUUGUCCGAGCAGGACCACGACGGCGCCACGGCCAUGCACUUUGCCGCCAGUCGCGGCCACACCAAAGUGCUUAGCUGGCUCCUGCUGCACGGAGCAGAGAUCUCGCAGGACCUGUGGGGCGGGACCCCGCUGCACGACGCUGCUGAGAAUCGCCCCCUGCAGUGCUGCCAGAUCCUCGUGGUGAAUGGUGCGGGGCUGGAAGUCCGGGACCAUGAUGGGUACACAGCUGCCGACCUGUCUGAUUUCAAUGGCCACACCCACUGCUCUCGCUACCUACGUACCGUGCAAACCCUGAGCGUGGAACACCGAGUCCUGUCCCGGGAUCCGUCCACUGACCUGGAGGCAAAGCAGCCUGACUCAGGCAUGUCCUCGCCCAACACCACCAUGUCGGUGCAGCCGCUGAACCUGGACCUCGGCUCGCCCACCAGCACCCUCUCCAACUAUGACUCCUGCUCUUCCAGCCACUCCAGCAUCAAGGGUCAGCGCUCUACUCGAGGGCUUCCCAGUGCAAGAGCUGCAGAUUUACAGAGCUACAUGGAUAUGCUGAACCCAGAGCUGAGCGUGCCUCGGGACAAGAUAGGGAAGCCUACACCACCACCUCCGCCACCAAGCUUCCCUCCUCCGCCACCACCCCCAGGCACCCAGCUGCCCCCACCUCCACCAGGCUAUCCAGCUCCCAAGCCCCCUGCGGGGCUACCUGCAGAUAAUAUCUACAUGCAGACCAAGAACAAGCUUCGCCAUGUGGAAGUGGAGUCACGGAAGAAGGAGCUGAGCUCGGGCGACGGCCACUCAGGAUUGCGAAGGCAGGACGACUCGGGGCUUCUCAGGCACAACAUCGGACUGCGCAGGCAGGACUCCGGCCGCAAACAGCGCUCGUUCAGCAAACAGCCCAGCACGGGGGACUACUACCGCCAGCUGGGCCGCUGCCCGGGGGAGCCGCUGGCCUCACGCUCGGGCAUGGCCCACAGUGAGGAGGCGGCGCUGCUCCCCGGGAACCACGUGCACAACGGCUGCACAGCGGACCCCAAGACGUCUAAGGAGCUGCCGCCACCACCGCCGCCGCCGCCACUGCCCGAGACCCUGAGUUCGCCGCCACCUGCCCCACCUCUGCCCAUCGAGGGCGCGGUCGCAGGCUGCGGGCAGCGUCGUUCCUCGUCGUCCGCUGGCAAAGUGAGAGUCCUGAGACACAGGAAGAGUACCAAAUCUUUCAACAUGAUGUCCCCAACGGGUGAUAACUCAGAGCUGCUGGCUGAGAUAAAAGCAGGCAAGAGCCUGAAGCCAACGCCACAGAGCAAGGGGCUGACCACUGUGUUUUCAGGCAGUGGGCAACCAGCCUCCCAGGUAGGCACUAGACGGGUGCCCCGCCCGGGCUCCCAGUGCCUGCUGGGUGCUCAGCCCUACUGCUUCUCCCGGCAGCCUGAGUCACCGUCACCUCAGCCAUCGCCACAGCCCUUGGUGUCACCUGCGCCAUCUCGAGCCCGGAGCCCCACCCCACCGGCCUCUGGGCCUCAGCCAUUGCUCAAUGGCAGCAUUGUGCCGGCACCACCUGCCACCCCAGCACCAGGAGUACAGCUGGAUGUGGAGGCCCUCAUCCCUACGCUGGAUGAGCAGGGCCGGCCCAUCCCAGAGUGGAAGCGCCAGGUGAUGGUCCGGAAGCUGCAGCAGAAGAUGCAGGAGGAGGAGGAGCAGAGGAGGAAGGAGGAAGAGGAGGAGGCCCGGCUGGCCAGCCUGCCUGCCUGGAGGCGAGACAUCCUCCGGAAGAAGCUGGAAGAGGAGCGGGAGCAGAAGCGAAAAGAGGAGGAGCGACAAAAGCAGGAGGAAAUACAGAGGGCGAAAGAACAGUCUGAGAAGCUGCGGACACUGGGCUACGACGAGGCCAAGCUCGCACCCUGGCAACGACAGGUCAUCUUGAAGAAGGGGGAGAUCCCUAAGUAAUAAGAGUCUCUCGUCCUCUUGCGUGUAGCCUCACAAGUUCUGAGAGAUGGGGAGCGGCCCCCCAGCCCCCGCCCCAUCCUGUCAGGUUGGUGCGAAAGGGCUGGGAGCCUUGCAGCCCUUCCCUUCGGUGCCGGAACCCUCCCUGUUCCCCCUCCCUGGCCCCACAUCCCCAGCCCUGCUGCUGGAGUGCUUGCGCACUGCUGCUGUCGCCUGGAAAAAGUGCCCAAGCUGUUGACGCAAAAAGAAAAAAAGAAAGAAAGAAAAGAAAAAAGAUGCUGCUUAUUUGCAUGCUCACUUAAAUAUAUUUGCAUGUUCGUCUACCUUGCGCUGAACUCUCCCCAGUCCCGUGGGUGGUGACUUUUCCUGCCAGGCGCACACCCGGCUGCAGCCCCCUCCCCCACAUCUCGGAACCCAUAUUGCCAGCGCAUCCUGGGUGGAGGCAGACCCCGAGCUCGGGGAAGGGGUUUUCCUCCCUCCACGACCCAGAUCUGCACUAGCCAAGGCCAGGCUGCAUUGCUCAUCCCCGGUGAGGGUUUCCUCUCAGUCAUUUGUUUACCAGAACCGAUGAAACUUGCCUGUCGGGGCGGAGCCACCGCUCCCAAGGGGCCCCAUCUAAACCCCUACCCCAGUUAAGCCCUCCCAGUCCCCAGCCAGGACCUACCUUCGCGCUCCCCUGACCCUUUCACUGCCCCAAUGGUGUAAGUGGAGGGUCAGGGACCCUGCACCUGGAGCCGCAACUAUUCCUGACCCCAUACCCCACCCCCUUCCUUCCCCAUUAAACCUCUAUCCGCCAAAUGU